AUGACAGCUGAUCCCGUCUUCUUAAUAUGGGGUGGUAACGGAUGGAUUGCCGGUCAAUUGAAGGCUUUGCUGGAUAGUCAAGGGAAAAAAGUGUAUACCACUACAGUGCGCAUGCAGGAUAGGGAAGCUGUAAUUGCUGAACUCGAAAAAUAUAAACCAACACAUGUCCUCAAUGCUGCUGGCUCAACGGGAAGACCCAAUGUCGACUGGUGCGAGGAUCACAAGGAAGAAACUAUGAGAAAUAAUGUGAUUGGGACUCUAAAUUUAACAGAUUGCUGUUGUCUAAAGGGAAUUCAUAUAACAGUUUUUGCUACCGGCUGCAUCUACAGCUACGAUGAAGCGCAUCCCAUUGGCGGUCCAGGAUUUCUUGAGACUGAUAAAUCGAACUUUGCGGGGUCAUUUUAUUCUAUGACAAAAGCCCAUGUCGAAGAGAUCCUAAAACAUUAUUCUAACGCACUUGUGCUACGUUUGCGAAUGCCUGUUAGCGACGACCUUCACCCACGAAAUUUUGUCACAAAGAUUACGAAAUAUGAACGAGUUGUUGAUAUUCCUAACUCAAACACAAUUUUGCAUGAUCUUUUACCUGCAUCUAUUCUCUUAUCUGAGCACAACGAGGUUGGUGUCUAUAACUUCACUAAUCCAGGUGCAAUCUCUCACAACGAGGUAUUGACUCUAUACAAGGAGUAUGUUCAUCCUGAUUUUACAUGGAAGAACUUCAGUUUGGAAGAGCAGGCCAAAGUGAUCAAGGCCGGACGAAGCAACUGCAAGUUGGAUACGGGAAAACUCGUGAAAAAACUCGAGGAGUAUGGGUAUGAGGUGCCCGAAGUCCACAAAGCUUAUGCAGCCUGCUUUAAACGUAUGGCCCUCUUGGGAAAUAAUUGA